AUGACAAGUAAACAAGCAUGGGAGAUUCUAGCUUCCAUCUUCAAAGGAGAUGAACGGGUGAAACGGGUUCGUCUCCAAACAUUACGAGGCGAGUUCGAGGCUCUUCACAUGAAGGAUGGAGAAUCAAUGUUCGAUUAUUUUUCACGAUUGUUGGUAAUCGUGAAUGGUUUGAAAAGAAACAAUGAGAAGCUCGAUGACAUCCAAGUUGUAGAAAAGGUACUUCGAUCCAUUUCGUCUAAAUUUGAGCAUGUAGUUGUAGCUAUCGAAGAGUUUAAGGACUUGGAGAAUCUUACAAUUGAAGAGUUGUUGGGUUCAUUACAAGCACAUGAGCAAAGGAUGCAGAAGAAUGCUAAUUCUGGUGUAUUAGAACAAGCACUAGAGAGACUCAAAGCUUCGGAGGUAAGGGACGAGGAGGCUACCGAGGAAGAGGAAGAUCCACAUAUGGACGUGGAAACUCCAAGAAUAUCCAAUGCUACAACUGCAAGAAGUUUGGACACUAUGCCUCAAGCCAAUGUUGCAGAAGCAAUAAAUGAGGUUCGCAGUGAUUCUAUUUUACUUCUCGCUCAUGAUGAUUCAAAUUCAAUAGAUGAGUUUUGGUACCUCGAUUCUGGCGCAAGUAAUCAUAUGUGUGGGAAGAAAGAUCUGUUCGUAGAACUCACAGAAGAAGUUCACGGAAAUGUGAACUUGGGGGACUCCUCCAAACUAUCAGUUGAAGGCAAAGGGAAGAUAAAAAUUUGUUAA